GUUUUGCAGGGCGGCGGCGGCGGCGCUGCUGGACAGCUCCGGAGCGCGGAGCGGCGCCCAUGUUCCGGAGGCGGCGCAGAUGUGACGUGAUGCCCGUUGUUUUGGUGCGCCCGACCAAUCGGACACGCCGUCUGGAUUCUACGGGAGCCGGGAUGGGCCCGUCGUGGCGGCAGCAGGACGCUCCCCUGCCGCCCAUCACGCAUUGCGCACGGUGCACCACCGCCCGGUCCUCCUGCGGCUUUAACGGCCCCGGCAUGGACGCGCCGCGCCACUUCCCGGCGGGCUUCGGCCCCGACCAGCAGCAGCAGCAACAGCAGCAGCAGCAACAGCAGCAGCGCCCGCCGGCGCCGGCGCCGCCGCACUGCCAGCAGCACGGCCAAGACAAGCAGAGCCUCCUCCAGCAGCAGCAGCACCAACAGCAGCAGCAGAGCCCAUGCCUCCAGUGCAACAACUGCGCCUACUACGGGGCUGCUGCGGCAGCCGCGGGGGAUAACCUGCCCUUACUGCUCCGCGCCUCCUCACCCCUCUCGGGCGCCUUCCGGACGCACUCCUCGCCGCUCUCCUCCGCCGCGUCCUCCCGGCAGGGCAGCCAGCUGAACGUCAGCGAGCUCACCCCCUCCAGCCAUGCCGGCGCGCUCAGGCAGCCUCACCAGUAUUCCCAGUACCACCAGUGCCAUAGCCUGCAGCAGCAGCAGGCAGUCAGCCCCAGCAGCAGUGUCAGCAGCGGCAGCACCCACCACCACCACCACCAUCAUCACCACCACCACCAUCACCAGCAGCAGCGCCGGGAGAGCAACCCCUUCACCGAAAUAGCCAUGAGCAGCUGCAGGUACAACGGCGGCGUCAUGCGGCCGCUCAGCAACCUCAGUUCGUCCCGCAGGAACCUGCACGACCUGGACUCCGAGUCGCAGCCGCUGCAGCCGCCGCUCGCCAGCCCCGCCGCCGCCGCCGCCGCCACCGGCGGCAGCCCCGCCGCCCCGGAGAUCGUGGUCUCCAAGCCCGAGCACAACAACUCCAACAACCUGGCGCUCUACAGCUCCACCGGCCCCGGUCCCGGCCCGGGCAGCACCAACAACGGAGGCGGCAAGUCCAGCAAGAAGAAGAACCAGAACAUCGGCUACAAGCUGGGACACCGCCGAGCGCUCUUCGAGAAGCGCAAGCGCCUCAGCGACUACGCGCUCAUCUUCGGCAUGUUCGGCAUCGUCGUCAUGGUCAUCGAGACAGAGCUCUCCUGGGGCGCCUACACCAAGGAGUCGCUGUAUUCCCUCGCUCUGAAAUGCCUUAUUAGCCUGUCCACGAUUAUCCUUCUUGGUCUCAUCAUCGUGUACCAUGCAAGGGAAAUCCAGUUGUUCAUGGUGGACAAUGGAGCAGAUGACUGGAGAAUAGCCAUGACUUAUGAGCGUAUUUUCUUUAUCUGCUUGGAAAUACUGGUGUGUGCUAUACAUCCCAUACCUGGGAAUUAUACGUUCACAUGGACAGCCCGGCUCGCCUUUUCUUACGCUCCAUCCACAACAACAGCUGAUGUGGAUAUUAUUUUAUCUAUACCAAUGUUCUUAAGACUAUAUCUUAUUGCCAGAGUUAUGCUUUUGCAUAGCAAACUUUUCACUGAUGCCUCAUCUAGAAGCAUUGGAGCAUUAAAUAAGAUAAACUUCAAUACCCGUUUUGUUAUGAAGACUCUAAUGACAAUAUGUCCAGGAACUGUACUGUUGGUUUUUAGUAUCUCAUUAUGGAUAAUUGCUGCAUGGACUGUCCGAGCUUGUGAAAGAUACCACGAUCAACAGGAUGUUACUAGCAACUUCCUUGGGGCAAUGUGGUUGAUUUCAAUAACUUUUCUAUCCAUUGGAUAUGGGGAUAUGGUACCUAAUACAUACUGUGGGAAAGGAGUCUGUUUACUUACUGGAAUCAUGGGUGCUGGGUGCACUGCACUGGUGGUAGCUGUGGUGGCAAGGAAGUUAGAACUUACCAAAGCUGAAAAACAUGUGCAUAAUUUCAUGAUGGACACCCAGCUAACUAAAAGAGUGAAAAAUGCAGCGGCCAAUGUACUCAGGGAAACAUGGUUAAUUUAUAAAAACACAAAGCUGGUUAAAAAGAUAGACCAUGCAAAAGUAAGGAAACAUCAGCGCAAAUUCUUGCAAGCUAUUCAUCAAGCUCGGAAAUUAAGAAGUGUAAAAAUGGAACAAAGGAAACUGAACGAUCAAGCUAACACUUUGGUGGACCUGGCAAAGACUCAAAACAUCAUGUAUGACAUGAUUUCUGACUUAAAUGAAAGAAGCGAAGAUUUUGAGAAGAGAAUUGUUACUCUGGAAACUAAACUGGAAACUUUAAUUGGUAGCAUCCAAGCUCUCCCUGGGCUGAUUAGCCAGACAAUCAGCCAGCAACAGAGGGAAUUCCUCGAGGCUCAGAUGCAAAAUUAUGAUAAGCAUGUUGCCUACAGUGCUGAACGGUCACGAUCUUUGUCAAGAAGAAGGAGAUCAUCCUCCACAGCACCACCAACUUCAUCAGAGAGUAGCUAGAAGAGAAUAAGUUAACUGCAAAUAAAGACUUUUUGCCAUCAUAUGGUCAAUAUUUUAGCUUUUAUUGUAAAGCCCUAUGGUUCUAGCCAGUGUUAUCUGGGUUCUGAUGUCAGAAUCCUGGAAACCUGAAUACAUUUUAGGCCAAAAUGAGUGAAAACUCUUCUUUUUUCCCCCCUCCUCCUCUCAGAUGCACAGUGAAUGCACCUAUUAUUGCUAUAUUAGAUUGUUCUUCCUGUAAUUUCACUAACUUUUUAUUCAUGCACUUCAAACAAGCUUUACUACUAAAGUACAUAAUAUAAUAAAAAGGUUAAUUUCUGCACAUAGUUGCUUGGUUACUUGGACUUAACAACCAAAAAAAAAAAAAAGCUCACAAUCAAAAGGCUUAAUUAUAAUCUUUUAAG